GCCUACUGAAAGGAUCUAUUAGCUUGUAUAGUGACUAUUUCACAGUAUCGUGGACAACACUCAGAGCGAAUUGCAGACCCAACUUAUAUAGGAAACUAUCAAUCAAUCAUGGGAUACCUUAAGCUGAUCACGCUACUGUACGCCUGCCUAAUGGUAAUAACUGCUGUUGACAACAAAGCAUGCAGAAAGUCGUCCUAUUAUCAUCGACAUCCGGGUAUCCAGCUUCAAGGUCACGUGAUCAAAAAGAUAAUGACAUCACACUUGGAAAAUUGUGUUAUUGAAUGCAGUAAAACACAGGGAUGCUUAUCGAUUAAUUCUUACAACGCUGCAAACGCGAUAUACUGUGAGCUUAACAAGUCAAACCGGUAUGGCAGCCAGGCAAACCUGAUUAAAACCAGCUUUGGGUGGGAUUACUUGGAAAUGGUCUUCAACCCUGAUUUGCCCGAUGCUUGCCUUCAAAAAGAUGGUUGGUAUCGAAGCAAGACUGCCGCCUAUAAGUUUAUUAACAAGCCUACAGACGCUCUAGAAGCUCGACAGCGUUGUCAAAACAUGUCGGCAGCCGCAGAUCUGGUUUCUUUUGUCGACAAAGAGGAGGAGGAGAUUUUUGAACAGUAUCUUGAAGGUGUUGGUUUUAAAGAGUGGUUCUGGAUUGGACUCAACGACCUUGCUGAAGAAGGAACCUUUGUUUGGUUUGAUGGAACCAAAUCUAAGUACACAAACUGGGGAAGGGAAGAACCAAACAAUGGUCUUGGCGGCAAUGAGCAUUGCACAAUCAAAUUGCAAAGAAAUGGAUGGAAUGAUAUCAAAUGUUCUUCCCGAUAUCCAUUUGCUUGCAAAACGCUAUGCACCUAAACAUUACACUUAUUUUGUUAUUAAGCUCGUCAUAAUACCUAUAUAUUGGUUAUACUAGUUAGCGUGUAAAUAAUCAAGUAAUAUACUUUGAGGGAAGGUUUUUGUAAUGGUUUUUCAAGUACUUUUUUUUUAACUUGAGCAUCUGGUUGGAAUGACUGAAAUUCCUCCUCUAAUUCCUUGUUUAAUAAAAACAAUUAUAUUUGAAUCGAAAAAAGAUUAUUUUGCACACAAAAAAAGAUUCGAUGCAAUAUACAC